AUGCCACAGAUCUGCAUGAACUGCCACGGAAUUGACAUCAGGUGGAGUCUGCCCUGGCGGCAAAGACAGCUGAGCUCUCACAGGCUGCAGUCCCAGCAGAUGCAGAGACAAAGGCAUCACCGCGAGCUCUUGGUCACCUUAGUGCUCUUUCGAAGCUCUCAUGGACUUCCUUCUGUCAACGUUUGCCGUUCCCAGGCUUCAACCGGCGACAUGUUCACUUACUCUGUUCCGAUGAAGAUCUUGCAGGCCUUCCUGGAAGCCACGCCGGAUGCUGCCUUGCAGAGCAAGCUGUGCGUGCACCGCUUUACACACAAGAUGUCCAACACCUACGGGAAGAAGGCAGUGGAAGCAGCCAUCCCAGAUGGGGAGUGGAUGCGGUCAGAGAGCAGCUCUCGGAUCCCAGCACGGCCAGAGGCAGACGACAGCGAGGCUGACAACCUGCGGCGCGGCGAGGAGCUGGUCAGCAACGCAUCAAAGAGGCUCAGCGGGGACGCCGUGCCCUCCAACAUCCCGAGCAGGCUCUCGGAUGCCCAGCAAGCCGCUGAGAUGAUCGGCAACCUCAGGACAUCGAUCGAGCGCAGGGUGAUCCUCAAGGCAGGCGAGACCUUGGAGGAGAAGGAACUUCGAGAGCUUGCCAUGGACCUGGUGACUGAUGCUGUCACGGCUGCUGGACUGGACCAGGUGAUCGGGAUCCAGCUUUGGGCCAGGGACACCGCAACAGAUUUUGUGAAGGCUGCCGCAAGAAAGCUUGAAGUGAAAGUUCGCGAAGCGUAG